GUCGAGUUGAUGUUUGUCCUCGGCUGCUCCCAGCUUAUCGCGGCCCGGGGACAUUCGUCGUGGUCAUGACAUACUCCUCUUGAACCAUAUACGUCCACAGCAUUUUGACAGGGAUAGAGAGCCGAAUAACCUCAGCAGCCGUGUCUCGUUCCCACACGCUGCCUGGUACGACUCCCAUGUUCAAAUUCUUCGGCCCACAUUGUAAAAACGGAUAUGGUUCCUCCCCGUGCAUGGCGUGUUGUACUGUCGUCUCUAUUCAGUUCUUCAAUUUUCAGCUUGGGGCGGCAGGCCAUUGGCGGACACAAUGCGAAUGAUCGACGCCCGUCGUAUCUGCGCCCGUGCUCAGAGCGGUGUAUGACGGUCCAGCCGCCUGCCGCUUUACAGCAGGUCCGCAGACCUUUUUCGCUUUAAUUGAAGACAGGCUCUGCCCGCGCUGAACCUCUUCUUUGAGACCCUCUCGAGUGCAACAUCCACAGCAUCAGCGACAUGUCUUCCGGACUAUGGGCCCUGAUCUGGUAUUGGAGACGCCUGCACAGGCAGUCCUACCCCCCGGAGCCGACGUUCAGCAUGGACCAGAUGCCAGACCUUACGGGGCAAGUUAUGCUAGUAACAGGAGGAAAUGCAGGCCUCGGCAAAGAGACAGUCAAGGCCCUCUUGGAACACAAUGCGAAAGUGUACAUGGGCGCAAGGGAUGAGCAGAAGGCGCGCGCCGCGAUUGAGGAGCUGAAGGAGAAGACGGGCAAGGAGGCAGUCUUCUUGGAGCUCAAUCUAGCCAACCUCGCGUCUGUCAAGAAAAGCGCGGAGGACUUUUUGAGCAAGGAGAAACAACUGCACGUUUUGUUCAAUAACGCUGGCGUGACUUGCAUGCCCAUUGAAUGGGUCACCGACGACGGUUAUGACUUGACAUUUGGCACGAACGUGGUUGGGCCUUUCCUGUUCACGAAGCUCCUCUUACCCACGAUCCUCGCGAGCAGAGAGUCCACACACGAUAAGCAUCCUCGCGUCAUCUGGCUCUCGUCGCUAGCGGCGUACCUGUCGCCCCUUAUAUGGGAUACGUUCAAGGACGGGCCCGCGCGGCUGAAGGCGGGUAGCAACUCGAUGUAUCAGCAGAGUAAAAUAGCAAACACUAUUUUAGCUCGCCAAUGUGCGAGGCGCUAUGGGGAACAGGGGCUCGUCUCCUUAUCUGUGAAUCCUGGCACUGUGCAGACAGAUGUCAUGAAGUACGCAACGGAGAAGGACAAGAAGUUCACGGCGCUGUUGUACACCUUUUGGCCAGUGGAGAGAGGUGUACUGACUUCGCUCUGGGCUGGGACGAUGCCGGAGCCCAUCAAACACAACGGCGAGUUUGCUGUGCCCUGGGCGAGAAUAUGCGAUCCAUGCAGGCCAGAGGCGUACGACGACGAGAUCGGCAAUAGGUUGUGGGAUUGGCUUGAGGAGGAAGUAGAGCCCUACCUGAAGGAGAUCUAUGCCUGAGCGUGUGUUGCAUGCCUUGUCUAUAUGUUGUCUUAUCUCGCACUCUUCAAUCACACAUAGAGUGCCUCUUCUAGUACCUCUUCUAGUUACGGUUCUACAUGGGCAUGUGUUCUUCCAGACUACUGUGUUGAUGGCUG